UUUCGAUGGUUUUACCGAACCAUCAUUGUUGUUUGACGUUUAAAUUAAUACUUGUUUGGCUUGUUAUUUUAUCUUAAUUAAGCACUUUGUUAUAAAUUCUUGAUACCAAAUAGAGGAAUUUUUUUAUCGUGGCAACAAUGAAGAAUCCGAAAGAAAAUUAAAAUGGCUUCCUUGUCAUCAAACAGAUUGGUGAGCAAACGGCAUAAAUGGUGUUUCUCCUUUGCUUCCCGAACGAAAACAGAUCGGCUUUCUGAAUUGCCUGCCCCUCCAGGUUAUAGUUCAUCUCUAGGACAAGUUCAUGCUGAAGCCAGCAGAGAAACGGAUGCUAACCUGAUAGUUAAAAAAUCCUGGGAUAUUGCAUUGGCUCCUUUGAAACAAGUUCCAAUGAAUCUGUUUAUAAUGUACAUGGCCGGAAAUUCUAUUUCAAUAUUUCCUAUAAUGAUGAUUGGCAUGCUGUUUGUUCGAUUAGUUAAAGCGUUGUUAACGAUACAGUCUACAUUUAAGCUUAUAGAAGGAGGCCAAGCUGUCCUUCAAAAAAUUGUGUACUUGUUUGGAAAUCUGGUUUGCCUUGCUUUAGCACUUUAUAAAUGCUCUUCAAUGGGAUUGCUUCCAACAUAUGCUUCAGAUUGGUUAGAUUUUGUUCAGCCACAGCAGAGAAUGGAGUUUGGAGGAGGAGGUCUUAUAUUAUCUUCGUAGCAGCGAAAUUUUCGAUAUGUGAAUGUAUAGCUAUAUCUCUCUCUAUAUAUAUAACAGAUUAUUUAUUAGUUAUAAAAAUGAACUGGAAUCUAUAUAUUGUGGUUGUAAUAAAAAAUGUUUUAUCAUUUUUGUUGUAUAUAAAAGUGACUGAAUGAGAGAGAAUUGAAUAAAUAAUGUUUGAAUACUGAGUA